AUGUUUAUCAUCAUAUUCCUAUUUUUAAUAGAAAGUCUUUAAGAGUACUGUGAGCCUUAUGGUGUAAGAUUAUUUUUAGGACAUUAUUAUACAAAUUUAAAAAUCGACACAGAUGCAUUAAGAGUAGUCUUCAAUACUAAAGUACGAUUUAAGUAUUAUAUAUAGAAUUAAUGUAAUAAUUAGUUUUAGGUACUAAUCAAAGGAGAUUAAGAAUUCAACAUUACAACUUAUAAAACCAAGUUUCUAAACAUGACAGAUAUUUAUGUUGGUACGAAAGCCAAUAUAGAAUAUGAAACAUACAUACAUACUUUCCAAAUUCCUAUAUAAUAAACUUCAAGAAUAUUGUAUACUUUGAAGAACAAUGAUAAAUUAAUUAAAGAAGCUUAAGUUAAAUUACCUCAACUUCAACAAGAUACUACUAAAGUUCUCUUCUUUGGAGACAUGGAUUCAAGAUGGCUAUUCAAUAGAUCUAAGUAAACCUUUGAUUGGUUUGAAGAACAAAUAAAACAAAAUAUUGAGUUUGAUAGUUUGCUUUUCACAGGGGACAUGGCCUACGAUCUUGAAUCAGAUAAUUGUGAAAGAGGAGAACUUUGGAUAAGCAGAAUAAGUUUAUUUACUUCAUAAUAUCCAUUUAUGAUAUCUCCUGGAAAUCAUGAUGGUGGUUUUGAUUAUAAAUACACUUUUCUUAGAGAACACUUUUAAAUGUUAUAUCUAACUGAAUAUGAUACUUCAAAUUAUUAAAAUGACUUUUAUAGUUUUAAUAUUGGUUUAGUACAUUUUAUUUAGUUUGAUCCGGUUAUGAUAGUUUAUAAUGCUGAUCCAAAUAAAUAUGUUUAAGAAAGGUUGCUAUCAUAAUUUAGAAAUGACUUAAUUAAAGCAGUUUCAAAUAGAGAAGAGGUUCCUUGGAUUGUUGUAUUUACACAUUAUCCAAUUUAUUGUAAUUAUAUGGAUGAUGAUCAAUGCGUUAAUAAUUUUAAAUAUUUAGCUGAAUUUGAAAAGUUAUUUUAAGAAUUUCAUGUGGAUCUAUAUGUUUCAGGUCAUUAACAUAAUUAUUAGAGAAAUUAACCCUAUUAUUAAAAUCAUUCAGUUUCAUAUUAAAUGGAUGGAAAUAUCUACUAUAACUAUGAAAGUCCAAUUACAAUUAUAGAAGGAGCUGGAGGAGCUGACUAUGGUCCAGAAAUUAUGAUAUGUAAAUUAUGAUGUUAAUAUUCAGAUGAUGAUUAACCAUAUACGGUAAAACAAUUAGCAUAAAAUGGUGUUGGUUUGCUGUAGGUGAUGAACAAAACACAUUUACAAUUUUAGCAUAUAAGAGUUUCAACAAACUAAGUUAUGGAUGAGAUUUGGAUAAUGAAAAUUUAUGACAAUGAUAAAGAAAAUGAUAAUUCUUUUAAGUAUUGGAUCAGUGCUUUAAUUAUAUGUGCUAUAGUUAUCGUUCUGGCCUUAUUUAUUUUUAUUUUUGUAAAAUAUAAAGGUCGAAAAUCAAAAACAUACUAAAAGGCUUUGGAUAAUUUAGUUUGA